CGCGGGGUCACGUGAUGCUGUAUUAGCUCGUCGACUCUGCUAUGUUUGUCGUUAGUGCUAACGUUUUAGAAAUGCUAACUUUCUCGGUUUUAUCGGUUUAUUGUGAUGCGUGGACGUCCGGCAGCAGCUCGGAGAGCCGUUUUUAUCGACGCUGCGCGAGGAAUUUGACUGCGAAAACGGGCCUGCACGUCACGUGACCAGCAUGCGGCUAAACGUUUGAUAAAAAAGAUGGCGUCUGUGCGGCGGAGCGAAGAGGACAACAAACUGCCGAUCUGCUGAGCGCCGCCACCGGGAACCAAGAGCGGCCGUUACACUGUCAAAUGGAUCCUGGACAGGAUUUACUUCUCGCUGCCCUAAGUGAGAGUGGCAUUUGUCCGAAUGAUAUUGGCCUAUUUGAUGUUGAUUCUCAGGAUGUUGCACAGCCCUCUACAACCCAGCAAUCUAUCUCCAUCAGUGCCCUGGAUGUUGGUGUGGGGACAGAGUCAGCGGAAGGUGUUCGAACUGAGCUUCCAGCUCCAGUCCCUAUAGUUACUAUCAGGCACAAACCUCAGCCAUCAACCACCACCUUUGUCUUAAAUCAGCUGAAUCAGUUGCCAUCGCUAGGAGCUGCUGUGACCAAACAAUCAGUUACAAACCCUAUCAAACAUACCAUAACUGUCACCAAAGUGGUCCAUGUUACUAAUUCAGCCCUGCGAGGUUCUUCGAACCCUUCCUCGAGUAUUCCUCCUUCAGCAUCCACAGUAGUGCCUUCCAACAGAGAUCAGCAGAUUCAGUUGAGAGACCUCCUUAGGACCGGCAAUGUGAAGACCACCGGUCUCAAGGGCAACAGUCUGAUGGAGCUCAUGAAGCUAAAGCCUCCACCUAACAUUGCUCCACCAGUAGCAACGGCAACAGCCACAGGUGAAAUGAACAAUGGGAUCAAGAAGGAAGUUUUGGGUAAAGAUGCUAUCAGGAUCUGGAACAACGAUGACAUUAAAAUGCAAACUUUCUCACAUUCUCUGAAAAUCCCAGGGAUGAAGGAGGAGGAUGAGCCUGAGGAGGAAGAGGAAGACGAGUUGGGUCAUGCGGAGACUUAUGCAGAGUACAUGCCAAUGAAAUUAAAGAUCGGCCUGCGGCAUCCUGAUCCUGUGGUGGAGACCAGUUCCCUGUCCAGUGUGAACCCUCCAGAGGUGUGGUACAGACUGUCCAUCCCAGAAGAAGUCAUUGAUCGUGGCUCCCUGUCUGCUCUGCAGCUGGAGGCCAUAACAUAUGCUGCUCAGCAACAUGAGACAUUCCUCCCCAGCGGGGAUCGAGCUGCCUAUUUGAUUGGAGAUGGAGCUGGUGUUGGGAAAGGCCGCACCAUUGCAGGGAUCAUCUAUGAGAAUUACCUUUUAGGCAGGAAAAGAUCACUUUGGUUUAGUGUCUCAAACGACUUGAAGUAUGAUGCUGAAAGGGAUUUAAAGGACAUAGGAGCCAAAAACAUCCAGGUUCACUCACUGAACAAGUUCAAAUAUGGCAAAAUCUCCUCAAAACACAAUGGGAGUGUGAAGAAAGGUGUGAUAUUCGCCACCUACUCUUCCUUGAUAGGAGAGAGCCAAUCAGGAGGGAAGUACAAGACCAGAUUUCAACAGCUUCUCCACUGGUGUGGGGAGGACUUUGAUGGAGUUAUUGUUUAUGACGAGUGUCACAAAGCCAAAAAUGUAUGUCCAAUUGGAUCAUCCAAACCAACAAAAACUGGGCUUGCAGUGUUGGAACUGCAGAACAAACUUCCCAAGGCUCGGGUUGUAUAUGCAAGUGCUACAGGUGCCUCUGAACCGCGAAAUAUGGCCUAUAUGAAUCGUCUGGGCAUCUGGGGGCAUAAAACACCCUUCAGAGAAUUUGCCAACUUUAUCCAAGCUGUUGAACGAAGAGGUGUUGGCGCCAUGGAGAUCGUAGCUAUGGACAUGAAACUGAGGGGCAUGUACAUUGCAAGGCAGCUGAGUUUUACAGGGGUGACUUUUAAGAUCGAGGAGGUUCCCCUGACUCAGAAAUACAUCAACAUGUACAACAAAUCUGUGAGGCUGUGGGUGACAGCACGUGAGAAGUUCCAGCAGGCAGCGAACCUGAUGGAUGCAGAGCAACGCAUGAAAAAGUCCAUGUGGGGCCAAUUCUGGUCUGCCCACCAGAGGUUCUUCAAAUACCUGUGCAUUGCCUCCAAAGUCCGCAGAGUGGUUCAGCUGGCCCGAGAGGAGGUCCAAAAUGGAAAGUGUGUGGUGAUCGGCCUUCAGUCCACUGGAGAAGCAAGAACACUUGAGGCCUUGGAGGAAGGAGGAGGGGAGCUCAAUGACUUUGUGUCAACUGCAAAAGGUGUGCUGCAGUCCCUGGUUGAGAAGCACUUUCCGGCUCCUGACAGACAGAAGCUUUACAGCCUUCUUGGUAUCGACCUCCCAACUAAGAAGACCCCCUCUCCCAGUGACACUGCAGCACAACCAGAACCGAAGGGCAAGAAAAGAAAAGGUUCGGAGAUAAAAAAGCAGCAGAAAAAGAAGCCUCGCAAGCACGGUGGUUUGUCGGGUACCAGCUCGGAGGAGAGCCAGUCGGAGGAGUCGGACGGAGAGUCUGGUAAAGACAGUGACGACAGCUUCAAAUCUGUCAGCUCAGGGGACGAAGACGACGACUUCAACCCAUUCCGAGACGAGUCCGAUGGCGAUGAGGAAGAUGACCCAUGGCUCAUCAGAAAGGAACCAAAGAAAGGGAAAGAGAAGAAAAAGAAAAAGAGAAAGAAGAGUAUUGAUCCAGACUCCAUUCAAAGUGCCUUGCUAGCCUCUGGGCUGGGCUCCACCAGGCCGGCUUUCACUGCCCCCGUUAUUCCCGCCAGCACACCGGCCAUAGUCAAGGCAGAGAGUCAGGAUAGCUGUCUAACAAGUCAGGAUGCAGUGGAACAUGCCCAGAAAAUGAAGAAAGAUCUGCUGGAAAAACUUGAGGAACUAGCUGAGGAUCUACCUCCCAACACUCUGGACGAGCUGAUAGAUGAACUGGGAGGACCAGAGAACGUAGCCGAGAUGACUGGACGCAAAGGUCGUGUGGUCAGCAAUGACGAUGGCACCAUCACAUAUGAAUCGCGCUCUGAGCUGGAUGUCCCGGUAGAAAUCCUCAAUCUCACAGAGAAGCAAAGGUUCAUGGAUGGAGAGAAGAACAUAGCCAUCAUCUCGGAAGCUGCCAGCUCAGGUAUUUCCCUACAGGCCGAUCGUCGAGUGAAGAACCAGCGGCGGAGAGUCCACAUGACACUAGAGCUACCGUGGAGUGCAGACAGAGCUAUACAGCAGUUCGGGAGAACUCACAGGUCGAACCAGGUCACAGCUCCAGAAUACGUCUUCCUCAUAUCAGAGCUUGCAGGAGAGCAGAGAUUUGCAUCCAUCGUUGCCAAAAGACUAGAAAGCCUGGGUGCUCUCACUCACGGGGACAGAAGAGCAACAGAAACUCGAGAUCUCAGCAGGUUUAAUUUUGACAACAAAUACGGCAGAAACGCUCUGGAAAUUGUGAUGAAGUCAAUUGUUAAGCUUGAUUCUCCAUUAGUGUCUCCGCCCUCUAACUUUAAAGGUGAUUUCUUCAAAGAAAUUCAAAGUGGAUUAAUAGGCGUUGGCCUCAUAAAUUUGGAGGACAGAUCUGGGGCAAUGUCACUGGACAAAGAUUACAACAACAUGGGGAAGUUCCUGAACCGUAUUUUGGGCAUGGAGGUCCAGCAGCAAAAUGCCUUGUUCCAGUACUUUUCUGACACGUUGGCAGCAGUUAUUCAGGAAGCCAAGAAGAACGGCAGAUAUGACAUGGGCAUUCUCGAUCUGGGCUCUGGUGAUGAGAAGGUGAAGAAGGUAGACUGCAGGAAAUUCCUAACACCGGGCUACACUACAUCAGGACAUGUGGAACUCUUCACCGUGAGUGUGGAGAGGGGGAUGUCGUGGGAGGAAGCCACGCAUGCUUGGGCAGAUCAGAAUGGACCAGAUGAUGGUUUCUAUGUUCAGAUGAGGAACAACAAGAAAACAGCCAUACUGGUCAAAGAGGUGAACACCAAGAAGAGGCUCUUCCUGGUUCACAGGCCCAACACCGGCAGACAGCUCAAACUGGAGACCUAUGCAGACCUCAAGAAGAAGUUUAAAAAGGUUUUGUCAGAAGAUGCCAAGCAGCACUGGACUGACCAGUACAAGUUGUCAGCAAAGAUCUGCGCUCAUGCAUAUUGGCGGGGUAACUGUAAGAAAGCAUCUGUGGGUCUUCAGUGUGAAGUUGGCCUUCGGUGUCGGUCGUACUACGUUCUGUGUGGCUCCGUGCUCAGUGUGUGGAACGAGCUGGAGGAAGUGCUGACUCCAGUCAGUGGAACCAAUGUGAAGGUGCAGAUUGUCCGCCUCAGAACAGAAGAUGGACAGAGAAUAGUUGGACUGAUCAUUCCAGCAAACUGCGUGUCUCCUUUAUGUAACAAGCUCUCGACGUCGGACCAGUGCCAGCAGCUCGCUGUGCAGGAGCUGCAGAAACUGCAGCAGCUUCAUCCCCAAAGUCUCAGUCAUGCACCGAACACAUAGUUUGGGAUGGACCGUGUUGAAUCCCUUCUCGAAGCUCACAUCCCAAACUAAAGGGAUCUGACUCAUGAGUCUCUAUCUCUGCACUGCAUACUCCAGGACCGCUGUCUGUUGUUCUGCACCCCCUCCCCCCACCCCCCAAAAUUGUCUGAGGUGACCACCACACUCUCAGAUGUAAAGCAGUGGUUGUACAGAGGAAAGAUUUCAGGUGUUUUUUCUUUUCUUUUUUUAAAUCUCCAGAGACACUUUUUUUUCACCUAGAGAGAUUUUGACGGGUGAUGUUUUGUCCUCUGACAUUCAGAGUGAAAAGAAUUGUAAUAUAAUAGUAAUGAUGGAGGCAGAUUUGAUAUGUAGAGGGCCUGUCGGCCUGUGGCUGUUGAGUUAUCCACUCCUCACCCAUGCUUUAAGCUGUUUAGUCUGAACUACCUGGUAUGAAGCAAAGACUUUUUCUUGGGUCAGACCAAAGGUGGACGAGACAAAAGACCACUAUGUCUUCAUAAGUCAAAUUCAUUAAAAUAUGGGCAUUUAAUGCUAAACUACGAUCUCAUAUUAAUAUAUGAAGAAAAGUGUUAGCUUAUCACUCCUCAGACAUGAUUCGGCACGGAUACGGAGAAAGAUUUAGUUGUUUGAAGUAGAAAAAGUGAUGCAGGACGCCAGUCCAGUUAACUACAGGAAUCCUGAUCUGUGCAGAUGAUUUUGUGAUUCUCUGUAGCCGUUGUAUUCACUCAUGAGACAACAAAACACAAUGUCUUUAUGGUCAGAAUCCACUUGCAUCCUAAUUACAGACCAGUUUGUUUGCACAUGCGUCUCAAAAUUAAUCAAAAGUUCUUUGGUUUGUUUCAUUUCAAGUUUCAUCACUUUGUUCCUCUCUGUCCACGUUGUACCAUUAAAGGAUAGGUUCACAGUCUUUUCAAGUCUUGGUACAAAUAUUCAGGUGCACAUAUAAACAUUUGAAACACUUUUUUUUUUCAUGCUGUAAUAUUUAAUCCUGUUCAUACUUGACAUUAAGAGAUCCUUUCCUAAUACACCUUCGAUGUAAGUGAUCAGGAACAAAAUCCCUCUUUUUGUGUCAAUGUAUUCAAAAGUGUAUCUGAAGUUAAUAUGAGGCUAUUCAAAAUUCCCUCUUUGUUUCCUGGAUGGACAGCAACCAAAAUAGAAUUUGGUACUUACCCACCUGAUCUGUCCAACUCAGACUGCUGAAGCCUUAAAUUAACUUUAAAUAAACUUCUGUCUAAUGUAGAUUUUAUCCCUCAUCACUUACAUUUAAAGCACUUUAGUAAGGAAUCUUUUUUUUAUUUUUAUUUUUUCACUUUGAUUUUUAUUGAUGAUUUCAACAUUAAUAAACCUACAAAGAAAAACAUACAAUCACACCUAAAAACGUUUGUUUGGGAGUUACAUUUUUAGUCUAUCCGUUCUCUCUGUUUCGUCAACUAAAUCAGUUGUCCUUUCCGUAGUUUUAGCUGUCUGCAGCUGCAUUAGUCUUAGUCCCUAGCUGAUUUUGGUCCUGAAUAAUAUCCAUUUCUCCAGCUUUUCUUUUAUCAGAGCUUCUUGCAAUCUCAAUGUGUCAGUUUUUUUUCUGUUAUGUAGAUUUCCUCUAUCUCUAUCCAUUGUUCCUGAAUAGGGGGGGGGAUCUACUUUACCUCAUUUCUUUGUGAUGGCUUAUUUUUAACUAUCAGCAAUAUUUUUCACCAGAUAUCUAACCUAGUGAGGGAUCUUUUAAUAGCUAGUGUCAACAUUAGGAAUAAUGACUGCAAUCAAAAUGAAAACCUAACAACUAUUGUUUUAAGACUGAAUUGAAAAAUUGUGAAACUAUCCUUUUUUUUUUUUUUUUUUUUAAAGGGACAGUUCACCCCGAAAUCAAAAAUACGUAUUUGUCCACUUACCUGUAGUGCUAUUUAUCAAUCUGGAUGGUUUUGGUUUGAGUUGUCCAGUGUUGGAGAUAUCGGCUGAGCUACACCUGCCAACCGUAUCACCGCGCAGUAGGGAAGGUGGACUGGAGGCGCGUGGUCCUGAUGGUGCGAGAUGCCCUCGGCUGAGCUUUAGCGUUGGCGCUCAGGUGAGCUAGCGGUAUCAGUUAGAGCUCAGCCGAGGAACACGAGCCUCUCGUCCAUAAGCGCGCUUCCUUCUGCGCCGUGAUAUAGUUGGCCGGUGUACUUCGGUAGAAAGAAAAUAGUUCCUACGUGCUCACAGCCAGGGCCAGAUUAUCCUGACUAAACCGGGUCAUGAUUUCUGGAAAGAGACAUUACUGUUGAGUUUUACAAAUGUGUGUUUUUUUUGGAGCCCCACGAGCCGACUGCCAUCUAGUUCCUUUUAUGUUGUGGAGAAGGCAGACGUUACUAUCAAGAUUGAAAAAAAGCACUGAGUGAAAAUAUGUAUUUUCUAUUUGGGAAUGAAGUGUCCCUUUAGAGCCAGGAGUUUGUAACAUGUGCCUUUUGUAUCGGCACAAACUGCUUCUCCGGUCAGGCACCUUUUACAAAGCACUGACGAGUCAGAUUUGGACUUGAGAAAGAUUUAGUGUGUGCUGGUCUGGUGAUUUUUGAUUUAUAGUGAGUGGACGUUAGAAAAUGUUUCCCAAAGAUACGAAUUUAAAUGGCAAAGAAAAUAGAAGAAUGAGUAAUGUUUGUGUUAACAAGAGACACAAAUCAGUCUCUCCUAUCUCCCUAUUUAAAGUUUUCAAAUGGUUUAACGAACUAUAAUGUUGUAAGCAGAUUUAACGACAUUUUGACAAAUGUAACUUCUCUUAUGACAGCAGUUUGUCUUGUGUUCAUACAGGAGUUAUAGUUGCUCAUAAAUACACACUACUUACAACUACUUCAGUGUUACAAACCAUUUAUUAAAUGUUUAUAUACUGCUUAAAUAUGGGGCAUUACUGCUGUUUUUGUUGAGCCGUAGUGUUCCCACAUUAAAGAGUUUGUGCUCCCUUCUCCCCAGUCUAUUAUAUACAUUUUUUUAUUUUUUAUUUUGUGUUGCAGGUUAAAACCACCUUUGGUCUUUACCUCGACUUAUCUCGGAGUUAAAACUAAAUCACUCUUGAAUAACUCAUUCAAAGGACAGGAAACAUGUUAACCGCAACAGUCAUAUACAGUAAAGCAGCCAAGGAAUUGUGAGAAAUGUCAAAUCCUUGACGAAGACCAUAUUUCUUUCUAUUUUUUUAUUUUUUUUAAACCAAGCAGCACUGUGCUCUGCUCAGAUGUUUUUGUUGCCUAUUUUUAUUUUAUUUUUUUUUUUUUGUUAAAAGGAAUUCUGCUCAGGGGUUAAACUCAUAAAAAGACCCUCUGAAAAACAAAAGUCUUUAGAGUUUUACACAGUAUCUGAAAUGCAUGACCAGAACUCAAAUGCUCCUUAAACACCUCUACUCAGUAAUAUUACUGUGUGGCGUAUCCUCACAGUACAUGUUUGAAACCAUCCCUCUUAAUCUUCUUCUGUCUGGAGCCGAGUUGUGAUUAAAAUGGAUGACUGCUUCUGUUGAAUAGUGUACCUCUUCUGUUGCCUCCUCAGUCCUAUAUUGCAUUAUACUAAACCUGCACUGGAAGGGACAGACCAAAGUCUGGAUACAUGAGCUGUCCUAUCUGACGAUAAUGAUUUAAGAUGUUUUCUAUCCCAGUAUGCUCCGGCGUAUCGUUUAUCCUGUGGAUUGGUUCAUGUUAUUUACUGCGUAUGCUCCUCUGUUCUCGAUUGAUGCAUUAAGAAACAAAAGCAAUGGGAAGGAGGAAGUCUUUGUGUCAUACCAACGUGCAUUUGUACACUUUGUAAAAGGAUGCAAACAAAUUCUGAUGAACAGAACUGGGAGAGACUUUACUGAAAAGGUCUGCUCUCUAUUUGCAAGUCGUUUCAACUUGAAUGUCCACUCUCUCUCUCUCUAUCUAUAGAUACAUGUUUUUGAAUGCCGUCAUGGCAGAUCUGCUUUACUGAAGUUUAAAACACUUGGAUUUAUUUUUUUUUCUUUCAUCAUUGCACGGGUUGCACUACUGACGAGAGUUGUACAAAAUUUCAAGAUGACCUGUACGUGAAUGAGUGUGAUGCUCAAUAAAGCUUGGUAUACUUCUA